UAUAAUACAUCCAUGGUGUUUCCGGACUUUCCGGUUAAAAUGAUAAACGCCGACCAAAUCGCGGAGUUGUGCUACGAGCGGUUCAGCCAGCUGCCCCGCAGAGGGAAGCCGGACCCGGGCCGCGAGUGGACCCUGCUGGCCGCGGUGGUCCAGGUCACGCGCUCAGCAGAGAUGGAGGUCGUUUCCAUGGGAACGGGAACCAAGUGCAUCGGACGAGCAGCCAUGAGUCCCGCUGGUGACGUUCUUAAUGACAGUCAUGCAGAAGUCAUCGCUAGAAGAGGUUGUAUCAGGUAUCUGAUCCAUGAGAUGAGCAGGGCUGUGAGCGGCCGCGGCAGCGCUGUGUUUUGUCCAUCUGAUCAGCGAUGCAAGUUCAGGCUUCAUCCAGGAGUUUCCUUCCUCUUCUUCACCAGUCACACUCCCUGUGGUGAUGCCUCCAUCAUCCCCAUGAGUGACAGCCAGUCUCAGCCCUGCCCUCCUCUUACAUCUGGGAACAGACGAGGACAGACCGAUGCAGGAAGAGCCCGAAAAAGGGUAGCCGAGGACCCAAGAGAAGGAAGAAACUCCAAGCUGCCUCAUUUGGAGGAAGAGAAGACGUCAGAUUUAAAGCAAGAAGACAGAAAACAGCCUGAAUCUCAGACUGAGGUGAAACCCAGAAGCUUAGAUCAGACUGACGGUGUUGGAGAACGUCCACAGGUCCUCGACAUUCACCGCACAGGGGCCAGGUGUGUCCCGGGUGGCCCAGCAGACCCUUUGCAGCCUGGGGAGGGGUACCACAGCACCGGGCUGCUUCGGGUGAAACCGGGACGAGGAGAACCGACUCUGUCGCUGUCUUGCAGUGAUAAACUGGCCCGCUGGGGGGUAGUGGGUUUCCAGGGUGCCCUGCUGUCCCAUUACCUGGAGGAGGCGCUCUACUUCAGCACUGUGGUGGUCGGGAAGUGUCCGUUCAGCCAGGACGUUCUGCACCGAGCUCUGGUUGCCAGGUGCUCCCAUGUGUCAAACCUCCCUGCUGGGUUCUCCGUAUGUCCACCGGUGCUGCUGCAGUCCAGCCUGGAGUUCCCUUUCAGCCAGAACCAGACCCAGCUCCAACACCAGGUCGGCCAGGGUCGCAUCUCGCCCUGUGGAGCAGCCAUCAGCUGGUGUAAUGUGACGGAGCAGCCACUAGAUGUCACUGCAAACGGCUACAAACAAGGAGUCACCAGGAAGGCUCUGGGCUCACCACAAGCCAGGUCUCUUCUGUGUAAACUGGAGCUUUUUCAUUCCUUCCUGUCUCUGGUGUCGACCACUGAUCCUUCAGCUCUGCCCCAAUCUCUCAGGACACCGGAGCUCCACACCUACUGGGACUACAAGCAGGCAUCCCAGUCGUACCAGCAGGCCUGGCAGCAGCUGCAUAGUCAGGCCUUCCCUCUCUGGCCUCGCAGUAACAGAAACCUCCUCCUCUUUCACUGAAAACUGACCCUGCAACGGGAAUGUCCUCAUCAGGCUUCAUGAAGAACUGGCUUUGUUGCAGCAGAAAGCUGGAGGUCACGUGUUCAAUCGGCUGCUGCCCAGAAGGGAUCGUCUUUCUCCCAGAAUGUGACUGAGAAAGGUCCCGUUAUAAACCCAGAAAGCGUCUCAGAGAGAUGGAGAAAUACAGCCAGUGAUGCUCAUGGUGUAAUAAACAUGGCUGCUCUCAUUUCCAGGCGUCCUUUAUGUCUUCUCGCCUGUUGGGUCAGCUGGACUGUAGCUCAGGAUGCCCCUGCUUAUCACAGUGGGAAACCCUGCGACGUCCUGCUGCUCAGAGAGGCUGAUGACCGUCUGGAUGUCUGAAGAUAAAGGCUUUAUUUUCUCAGUGCAGCUGCCUGGUCGAGUUCCAGCCCUGAAAACAACCUGCCUGUUCGUUUCCAUCCAGAGUCCUGCUGUAAGCCGCCUGACCGGGUUCUCUGCUUCAUGCUGGAACGUGGAUUACCAGCUGAAAAACUUUCAUCUUCACUCCGUGUGUUUUACAUCAUUUAUCCAUAGAAAUCCUUAUUUAAACCCUGAUCUCAUAGAGGAACUCAACCAUACAAUCUUGUAUUGUUAUAACAUCUUCUAGAAGUUUCUCAUCACUCUGAUGUCAAGCUGAGUAGAAAAAAAUUCUUUAACAAAAAAAGUUUAGUUUAUUAUUGGAAAUAAAAGAAACAAUCAUAUUUACAUUUUGUGGAAAAACUGUGAUUAGUCCUUUUUCUCCUUGUUUUGUGAAGCGCUGCAUACCACAGCCUGAGGUUGGAAUCCUCCGAGACAAAGAAAGAGCUGAAGCUUCGUAAUUCUGCACAACGGUCUCGUCGUUAGAGGCCAGACUGCAGGUCAGCAUGUUGAAUCUCAGCUUUUCAGCAGAUUCCUUCUGAGCUGAUGGCGGACGACGCGUCGCAGUUCUUAACCAGGAUGAGCCUGCAGAGGUCUAGAGGAAGUGUUGUAUGGUUUUAGCUCUUUGAAGGAUAAUUCCUCUUUAUUAAUGUGGUAUAUUUCCUGUUCCGGUGUCUCUCCGGGCCGAGCUAAGCGUUCCAUCUCCACCAAUA